AUGUCCUUCAAGGGACUCAUCUUCCCAGUGACCACUUUCGUGGGCUUUGCAAUCGUUCUGUCAUUCGUUCAAGUUCUCUACAAGCCAUCAGCAGGCCCCACAAAGGCCCAGCGGAUAGGAUGGCAGGAAUGGGACCUGGUUUAUUUCGGAGAGGCGACGGCACAAGAUAAGCCUCGUCCUACUCCUAAUAAUACGAAUGGGGUAGAAGAUACAAGUACGGACUGGUGGAAUACUCCAGACGACAGUCAGGACUGGACGGGUUCGAGUCUUCCGCUGGACCAGUGGUUGCCGUUGCAGCCUCACGAUACUGGGCUCACAGAGAUUGCAUUAACGAGAUGUUUUGUUGAUCAUGCCUAUGGCUUCUGCUAUCCGGAUAGUACUCCAGAGCAGGAUAGGUACGCCUCGCUCAAAUUUGGAAAAUGGACUCGCGUCGAGCGCGACGUGCAGGCUAAGACGAGCAUAUAUUACCUCUCGUUCUAUUAUAGACGGACGAGGCGUCUGGACGUUCCUCUCAUUACAGAUCUCAAGCUCCUCGCAAAGGGAGAGGAAAACACCCUUCCCAACCUCAGCGAAUGGCGUGGUGUAGCUCAUAGUGUGCGUGAUGGAGUGAUGGGACAACCAGCACUCUUCCUAUGGUAUAAACUCGGACCCCCCAUGUCCCAAAUGGAUCUUGUCGACGUCGAGCACAUGGUGACGGAAAUCGACAUUCUCAACGGGGAAGGGCGACCAUUCUACGGCUUUGAAAAGCUCUCACCUCCCCUCGCCACUGGUCGAGCAGGUCAAUCCGAAGACGUUCAUCUCGUUUAUCGACGUGGGAUCAAGAACCCGCCAAGGGCAAAACCAUUGCACUUCUCUCAUUCGGGUCAUUUCAAAAUUAUGCAGGUUGCGGAUCUGCACUUUAGUGUCUCGCAUGGCCAGUGCAAGGACACAGAUUUGACUCCAUGUGAACAAGGAGACGAUAUGAGUCUCGCUUUGCUGGAGCGUACACUCGACCUGGAAAGGCCGGACCUGGUCGUCUUUUCUGGCGAUCAACUCAACGGACAAGGCACCUCUUGGGACCCGCGAAGCGUACUGGCAAAGUUUGCUGGCCCAGUCAUCGACAGAGGAAUCGCCUGGGCAGCAGUUCUUGGCAACCACGACGAGGAUGACGGUGAUUUAACCAGGACGGAGCUUAUCAAGGUUAUGCGGAAUAUGCCGUACAGUCUCGUCGAACUGGGACCAUCAGACGUACAUGGAGCCGGCAACUAUGUCCUGAAAGUGCGCAGCCCGGACCCGUCUCGAACUCAACUCCUCACACUAUACUUCCUCGACUCUGGAUCAUACUCUGCUGGUGUAUGGGACUGGUUUGGGUUCACUCCUACCGAGUACGACUAUUUGCGUCAGUCUCAGAUCGACUGGUUCCUUCACGAGUCAUCUCUUGUCUCCAAACUCGAGCGUCCAUGGCAUCCAGAUGGUGGUCGAGACCUUGGUCAUUCAUGGAGACGAUCUACCCAAGGGAAGCGUCGACAAGAGGAACAACGCAAAUUGCUCAAGCCCAACGCAAUGAUGUUCUACCAUAUCCCCAUUCCAGAAACUUAUUCGACUGCUGAUAUCGACUAUUCUUCCAACCAAGCCCUCGAGAUUGGCACGCCUGCAGGCAAGGGAAGCCCCAAAAAGAAUGAUGGAUUCUUUGAAAAGGCAUUGCUGAAUGCUACGGAGAGCGAGCAGGGGGGGCGUGAGGUAAAGGUAGUCGCCAAUGGUCAUGUUCACAUCGCGGACAACUGUCGUCGUGUACUCGGGAUAUGGUUCUGCUUCAACGGUGGCUCGUCUUACUCUGGCUACGGCAAGGUUGGGUUCGAUAGAAGAUUCCGCAUCUUCAAUAUCACAGAUUGGGGAGAGACAAUCACCACAUACGAGCGUACAGAGAAGGGGAAACUGGUCGAUCCGAUCGUCCUCGUCGGGAAUGGAGGGCCUUCGCCGUAUGACGGAUGA